AUGGAUUUAGCUUUUUUAGUUGACAUAACUACUCAUUUAAAUGAGUUAAACGUACGUCUUCAAGGUAAAAAUCAACUCAUUAGUAAUAUGUUUCAAAUAAUAACUGCCUUUGAACUGAAACUUAAAUUAUGGCAAAGUCAAGUUAAGGUGAAUAAUUUUAUGUAUUUCCCUGUGUUGGCCGAAUACAAUCCCAAGAAUAACGAGGAAUAUGCUUCUUUGAUUUUAGUUUUAAUUAAUGAAUUUGAAACCCGUUUUCAAGAUUUUCGUAAGAAUAGUCAACUCUUAGCUAUUUUUGCAACACCAUUUUCGGUUGAUAUUACUGCUGUGGAAAAUAAAUUUCAAGUGGAAUGCAUUGAGUUGCAAUCAUCUGAUAGGUAUUCAACUCAAAGAAAAAUUCAAACAGUCAUCUUUAUUAGAUUUUUAUAA